AUGGGUACGCCAGGAAAUCACUACGGGAGCCACUCGCCCCAAGACAGUGAGAGCAGUUACUUCUCUCACGCAUCUCCCACCCACAAUCCGUAUCACACCAACGAGCACGAUGAGCAGGAAGAAUCGCUGCUGCAGCGCAACCCCUCGAGCCACUACGGCGGUCCCUUCGAAGACCCCGCCAUGUCGACCGACUCGCUGCGUCGGUAUACGCUACACGACCCCGGAGCGACCGUCUUCGCCACGCCCCCUUAUCAAGAAUCCGAGUCGAGUGACAUCUACGAUGCCCGAUCCACCACCGAAAAACCCGCUUCCCAGGCCGGCAGUCGCGCGGGCGCUCUCCGCCGUGCCGCAACCAGAAAGAUCAACCUGGUGCAGGGUUCGGUCCUGAGUGUUGAUUAUCCUGUCCCGAGUGCCAUUCAGAACGCGAUCCAACCCCAAUACCGAGAUGCGGAAGAGGCGUUUGCGGAGGAAUUCACACACAUGCGGUACACGGCGGCCACGUGCGAUCCUGACGAGUUCACACUGCGGAACGGUUACAAUCUCCGACCCGCGAUCUACAACCGGCAUACGGAAUUGCUCAUCGCGAUCACGUACUAUAACGAAGAUAAGGUCUUGACGGCGCGUACCCUCCACGGUGUGAUGCAGAAUAUUCGCGACAUCGUCAACUUAAAGAAGUCGGAGUUCUGGAACAAGGGCGGACCGGCGUGGCAGAAAAUUGUCGUCUGUCUCGUCUUCGAUGGUAUCGAUCCAUGCGACAAGAACACGCUGGAUGUGUUGGCGACGAUCGGUAUCUUCCAGGAUGGAGUGAUGAAGAAGGACGUUGACGGACGGGAGACGGUGGCUCAUGUGUUCGAAUACACCACGCAAUUGUCGGUCACCCCCACCCAACAAUUGAUCCGGCCCCAGGGCAAUGAGUCGACCAAUUUGCCCCCGGUGCAGAUGAUCUUCUGCUUGAAGCAAAAGAACAGCAAGAAGAUCAACUCCCACCGCUGGCUGUUUAAUGCUUUCAGUCGAAUCCUGAACCCGGAAGUUGUUAUUCUGCUCGACGCUGGUACGAAACCCGGCCCGAAAUCGCUGCUGGCACUAUGGGAAGCCUUUUACAACGAUAAGACCCUUGGUGGUUCCUGCGGUGAGAUCCAUGCAAUGCUGGGUCAGGGAUGGCGGAAGGUCCUGAAUCCGCUGGUUGCUGCUCAAAACUUCGAGUACAAAAUCUCUAAUAUCUUGGACAAACCCCUUGAAAGUGCGUUCGGUUAUGUCAGUGUGUUGCCUGGUGCCUUUUCUGCAUACCGCUACCGCGCGAUCAUGGGCCGUCCGUUGGAGCAGUACUUCCAUGGAGACCACACCCUGUCAAAACGCCUCGGUAAGAAGGGUAUUGACGGUAUGAAUAUCUUCAAGAAGAACAUGUUCUUGGCCGAGGAUCGUAUUCUCUGCUUCGAACUGGUGGCCAAGGCUGGUUUCAAGUGGCAUCUGAGUUACGUGAAGGCAUCCAAGGGUGAGACGGACGUUCCGGAAGGCGCGGCAGAAUUUAUCAGUCAAAGAAGACGUUGGCUGAACGGUUCCUUCGCUGCCGGUCUGUAUUCGCUCAUGCAUUUCGGUCGGAUCUAUCGUAGCGGUCACAGCAUCAUUCGUCUCUUCUUCCUGCAUCUUCAGAUGAUCUAUAACGUCAUUCAGCUUAUCAUGACCUGGUUCUCUCUCGCGUCUUACUGGUUGACCAGUUCCGUUAUCAUGGAUUUGGUGGGUACGCCUAGCUCGCACAACGGCAACAAGGGAUGGCCUUGGGGAAACGAAGCGUCGCCGAUCAUCAACAACUUCGUCAAGUAUGGUUAUAUCUGGGUUCUUGCGCUGCAGUUCAUCUUGGCCCUGGGUAACCGGCCGAAAGGAACCGUUGUUCCUUACACCCUUUCGUUUAUGUACUUCUCGAUCGUCCAGAUUUAUGUUCUGGUCCUGUCAUUCUACCUGGUUGUUGGUGCCUUCAGCAGCGGAUUGUUCAACCUCCAAAUCAACGAGAGUCUGAGCGAUUUCUUAGCAUCGUUUUUCAGUUCAUCAGGCGGUGGUAUCGUGCUGAUUGCCCUCGUCUCGACCUACGGCAUCUACAUCAUCGCCAGUAUCCUCUACAUGGACCCCUGGCACAUUCUGACCAGUUCAUGGGCCUACUUCAUGGGUAUGACCACUGGUAUCAACAUUCUGAUGGUGUACGCCUUCUGCAACUGGCACGACGUCUCGUGGGGUACCAAGGGAUCCGAUAAAGCCGAAGCGUUGCCGUCGGCUCAAACCCAGAAGGACGACGACGGCAAGCAGAACUUCAUCGAAGAAAUUGACAAACCGCAAGCGGAUAUCGACAGCCAGUUCGAAUCGACGGUCAAGCGCGCGUUGGAGCCGUGGAUCGAACCUGAGGAAGAGAGCGGCAAGAGUCUGGACGACGCCUACAAGAACUUCCGUACCAUGCUGGUUUGCCUGUGGGUGUUCAGUAACCUGCUCGUGUCGCUGCUGAUCACCAGCACCGGUGUCGAUAAGAUGUGUCUGACUAACACCUCCACCACCCGCACGUCGUGGUAUUUCGAAGUCAUUCUCUGGAUCACGGCGGGUCUCUCGCUGUUCCGCUUUAUCGGAUCGCUUUACUUCCUCGGCCGCUCCGGUAUCCUCUGCUGCGUGUCUCGUCGCUGA